AUGUUUGGUUUCGUUGUCGUCACAGUAGCCCGAACGGGACUAGCGCCGAGUUCCGGGCAUCGUGGCCUGAAGAGGACCGCUUUGUAUACUCGUCUCCACCCUGUAUUUACUCCCUCGAAUCCAUCCCUCCCUGCACCACCUUCGACCUUCUCCAACCCUCUCGGAAGCUCCAAUCUCCUCUCGAAAACCCUUCACAACCACCUCUCCUCUUCGAAUUCCUUCGCCAUGGCCCAAAUCCGUGGCACUGCGGGCUACAACCUCGGCCACCAGAACCCGUUUGGCGGGCCCGGUAGCGCAGAUGCCACCAGCGACCCUAGCCCCCUCGAUGCGAUCCGCGAGCAGACUAGCAAGAUUGAGGACUGGUUGGAUUCAUUGGCAGACCCUGUCAAGCCGUAUCUCCCUGCGAUCGGCCGGUUCCUGAUCGUGGUCACUUUUAUCGAGGACUCGCUACGCAUUCUUACACAAUGGAGCGACCAGCUCACCUACCUACGUGAUUUCCGGAAGAUUCCCUGGGGAAUCACGCACAUGUUCCUGAUCGUCAAUGUUAUCGCCAUGUCUGUCUGCUCGUUCCUCGUGAUCGCCCGCAAGCGCACCGAGUACGCCGUCGCGGGUCUGUUGGCUGUUGUUAUUACUCAGGGACUUGGAUACGGCCUCAUCUUCGACUUGAACUUCUUCCUGCGCAAUCUGAGUGUCGUCGGCGGUCUGCUGAUGGUGCUGUCGGACUCGUGGGUGCGCAAGAAGUUCGUGCCCGCCGGCCUGCCCCAGCUCGACGAGAAGGAUCGCAAGAUGUAUGUGCAGUUCGCCGGGCGCGUGCUGCUGAUCUUCCUCUUCAUCGGAUUCGUCUUCUCCGGUCAGUGGAGCUUCUGGCGCGUUCUGGUUAGCCUGUUCGGUCUCGUCGCCUGUGUGAUGGUCAUUGUCGGCUUCAAGGCGAAGUGGAGUGCUAUCAUUCUCGUGGUGCUGUUGAGCGUUUUCAACGUGUUCGUAAACAACUUCUGGACGCUGCACCCCCACCACCCACACAAGGACUUUGCCAAGUACGACUUUUUCCAAAUUCUGUCGAUUGUCGGCGGUCUCCUUCUCCUGGUCAACAUGGGUCCAGGCCAAUUGAGCAUGGACGAGAAGAAGAAGGUCUACUAG